UUUUUUCAACUCACCAAAGUGGAAUACGUCGUGAACCCCGUGCAGGUGAAAAUGUUCAGGGCGGCCCAGGAGAGAAUGUCCCUUAAAGACGCUUCAUACGGCCUUCCUGUUCUGUGUUUUCAUGGGACGUCUGAGGACAACAUAAAGAGUAUUUGUAAGGAAGGAUUCCGUCAGCCUGACCACCCCUACUUCGACGAGACAACUGACGUGGGUUGGUACGGGAACGGUAUCUACUUCAGUGAAUACCCUCGGUUUGCGAUGAAUUACAUGAAGAAGACCAGCAAGUUAAUCAUGUGCCAAGUCCUGAAGGGGAAGACCUUCAAGUGUUCGAAGUUAAAACUUGGAGCCCCAAAGAGCCUGGAUACGACUGUCAUGUAGACCCGUAUGACAAAGGAAAUUGUGAUAUACGAGG